UGGAGCUGACCCGUUUCUUACCCGCUAAUCUUGACCCGCCCCAAUUCUUCUCAACUCACUGUUCUGAGCAGAAAACAUAUCAAAACCUCAGCGUCGGAAUCAAAUUUUGCAGGAAAAAAAAAAAUAAAAAAUGGUGAGAUUUGGAAGAAUACUUCUAAAAGAUGGAGCUGUUGGGAUUAACAAAAAACUGUUAGAAUAUCUGGUCUGUCCACUUUCAAAACAACCUUUAAGGUUUUGUGAGAAGACGAAUUCUCUAAUCAGUGAUUCCAUUGGUGUUUCUUAUCCGAUAGUCGAUGGGGUACCUCGUCUUGUACCAACAGAUGGCAAGAUUAUCGAGACUGAUGAUGCAUUGAUUUCUGGUGGUGAUUUGCCUAAAACAUGAUGAUCAAAUAGGUAAUUCCUAGCUCUAUCCAUUGACAAACAGCGAGGGAGUUCUUAAGCUGAUGGAGGAUGUUCAAAAAGUUAUGUGAGUUAACCUCAGUUGUACCUCUUUAUUUUGUCAACCUGUUCUUGACUGCAGUCCUAGUUGUAGCAAUCUGUACUUAUCAACGAGACUAAUAAGAAGUGCUUCUACUUUAUAAGUAAUACCUUGAAGAGGCUAAUUUUCUAUUUU